UCAAUACCCGUUCGGGUAUUUUGCUACUUCGGUUCGGAUUUCGGUUCGGGUUUUUCGGAUCGGGUUCGGGUGCCACUUCGGAUAUCGGAUAAAGUGCCCACCCCUACUACUACAACUGCUAAUCAUCUUCACACUCUCUCUGAUAUAAAACACUUGCAAACUUCAGGCUCCACCUGCAAACAAGGAGAGUUAGAAGCUGUUGGUGUUCACACUUUCUCUGGCAAAGCUGCUCAUUUAGUAGACAGCACAAACCAAGAAUGCCAUUUCCAACAAGUGCUGACUGCUAUAGGAAACUUCUGCAACUGCUCCAUCGCCAUAGGUAUGAUCAUUGGGAUCGUUGUGAUGUAUUCUAUUCAACACCGUGCUUAUAGAAAUGGUAUAGACUAUCUUCUUGUGCUUCUCAUUGGAGGUAUCUCUAUUGCAAUGCCAACUGUUCUCUCUGUCACAAUGGCUAUUGGAUCUCACCAUCUCUCUCAACAAGGAGCUAUCACAAAGAGGAUGACAUCAAUUGAAGAAAUGGCUGGGAUGGCUGUUUUGUGUAGUGACAAGAUUGGAACUCUUACACUCAACAAGCUUACUGUUGACAAGAGUAUGGUUGAGGUUUUUGUCAAAGAUUUGGACAAGAAACAGUUUCUUGUGAAUGCAGCAAGAGCCUCUAGAGUUAAGAAUCAGGAUGCUUGUAUUGUAGGAAUACUUGGAGAUCCCAGAGAAGCAAGAGAAGGUAUCACUGAAGUCCAUUUCUUUCCUUUUAAUCCUGUGGAUAAGCGUACUGCUACCACUUACAUUGAUGCUAAUGGAAACUGGCACCGCGUCAGCAAAGGCGCUCCAGAACAGGUAAUAAAUGCAUAAACUUAAGUUCAUCAUCAGAUAUGCAUGCACUAAGUGGUAGAGCUUGGGAUACGUCAUU